AUUUUUGAGCUUUCCAUGAGCGAGGCAGGGCGGGCACGUCUCGUUGGCGCUCGGUGCGUGCAGUGCCGGGAGGAGGCUGCGGGCGCCGCUGUUGACCGAGAGGAGCGAGAGGAAGGUCGGAGCGCUGCAGCCCCGCCCGCUGCGGCCCGGCUCGAUCGCUGGAUCGCUGGAUUCCUAGGUCGGGAAGCGGUCUGUAUCCGAUCGUCCCGGCGGAGCGGAGCCGAGAUACAGCGAGGCGGAGGGGCGGGCGGCAGUGACCGGGAGCAGUAACUCGGAGUUGAGCGGGAGCCGGAUCGGGUGACGGCGGCGGGGAUCUGCCGGCGGUGUUGCGGUGCCGGCGGUGCGGCGGCGGAGAUGUGCGCGGCGGGGAGGCGCUGGGGCCGGCGGCAGCGAGUGCUGCUCUGGGGCGUCCUGCUGGCGGCCUGGGAGGCGGCGUGGGGGCAGCUGCGCUACUCGGUGCCCGAGGAGAUGCCCAAGGGCUCGUUCGUGGGCGAUGUGGCCAAGGACCUGGGGCUGCAGAUGCCGGCGCUCCCUGACAGCGGUGUCCGCGUUGUCUCCGAAGGUAGGACUCAGUAUUUGACUCUGCACGGGAAGACGGGACAUUUAGUGACGGCCGAGAGGAUCGACAGAGAGCAGCUGUGCGAGAGUGUGGAGCAAUGCGUGCUGCGCUGUGAGCUGAUAGUGGAGGGGGAACUUAAAUUUUAUGAAAUCGAAGUGGAAAUCGCAGACAUCAAUGACAACGCCCCCAGCUUUCAAGAGGCAGAGAUGGAUCUGAGAAUGAGCGAGACGACAGCAACCGGGUCGCGAUUUCCACUGGCCGAGGCUCAUGACCCGGACUCUGGACAGAAUUCCCUGCAGAACUACGAGCUGAGCGGCGACGAGCACUUCUCGCUGGCCGUGCAGACGGGACCCGGCGGGGAUCAGCGUCCCGAGCUGGUGCUGGCGAAGGCGCUGGACCGGGAGGAGGCGGCGUUCCACGAGCUGGUACUGAGGGCGAGCGACGGCGGCGAGCCGGCCCGGACGGGCACGGCGCGGAUCCGCGUGACGGUGCUGGACGCGAACGACAACGCGCCCGUGUUCAGCCAGGCGGAGUACACGGUGCGUGUGCCGGAGGACGUGCCCGUGGGCUCCACCCUCGUCACUGUCACGGCCACCGACCCCGACGAGGGUCUGAACGGGCACGUGAAAUACACCUUUAAAAAAAGGAAGAAGAUGGCAUCCCAGAUAUUCCAGCUGGACUCUGAGAUGGGAGCGAUCAUGCUGGUGCAGAGCCUAGAUUUUGAGGAAGACGAUGCCUACGAACUGGAAGUGCAGGCAUAUGAUGGUGGGGCUCUUUUCGAUACGGCAAAAGUGGCGAUCACCGUGACAGAUGUCAAUGACAACUCCCCGGAGAUAUCGGUGCGGACGGCGCUGAGUGAGAUCUCCGAAGACGCCCCGUCGGGCACAGUGGUGGCCCUGCUGCACGUACAGGACCGUGACUCGGGAGCCAAUGGCGAGGUGCGCUGUUCUCUCGAUGGGAGCCUCCCGUUCCGGCUGGAGAGCUCACAGGGCAGCUACUACCGCGUGGUGACGGCGAGAGAGCUGGACCGGGAGCAGGAGUCGGAGUACAACGUGACGGUGCGGGCGGCCGACGGCGGUCGUCCGUCGCUGCAGAGCAGCAGGGUGCUGUGUGUGCGGGUGCUGGACGUGAACGACAACGCGCCGGUGUUCUCGCAGGAGCGCUACAGCGCUCGUCUGUGGGAGAACAACGUGGCGGGCUUGCUGGUGCUGCGGGUGCGGGCGACGGACUCGGACUGGGGGGAGAACGCGCGCGUGCGGUACCGGCUGGGGGAGGGUGGUGUGCGGGGCUCGCUGCUGUCGUCGUACGUGUCGGUGCAGGCGGAGACGGGCGCGCUGUACGCGCUGCGCUCGUUCGAUUACGAGGAGGUGCGCGAGGUGGGGCUGUGGGUUUGGGCGGAGGACGGCGGCUCGCCGGCGCUGAGCAGCAACGUGUCGGUGCGGCUGGUGAUCGUGGACGAGAACGACAACGCGCCGCAGGUGCUGUACCCGCCGCCGGCGGGGGCUUUGUCGGGCUCGGUGUGGUCGGGCGUGGAGCUGGCGGCGCGGUCGAGCGAGGCCGGCGCGCUGGUGGCCAAGGUGGUGGCGGUGGACGCGGACGCGGGUCAGAACGCGUGGCUGUCGUACGAGCUGGCCAAGGCGACGGAGCCGGGGCUGUUCCGCGUGGGGCUGCACAGCGGCGAGGUGCGCACGGCGCGCUCGCCACUGGCCCGCGACGCGGCGCGCCAGAGCCUGGUGGUGCUGGUGAAGGACCACGGGCGGCCGGCGCUGUCGGCCACGGCCACGCUGAGCGUGGUGCUGGCCGAGAGCGUGGCCGAGCUGCUGGCCGAGCUGGGCAGCGCGGCGCGGGCGGAGGCGGAGGCGGGGGCGGGCGAGGCGGGCGGCAGCCUGACGCGCUGGCUGGUGCUGGCCGUGGCCGCCGUGUCGUGCCUGUUCGUCGCCUUCCUGCUGCUGCUGCUGGCGCUGCGCCUGCGGCGCUGGCGGCGCUCGCAGCAGCAGCUGCUGGCGGCGGGCAGCGGCGCCUUGCGCGGCGUGCCGGCCACGCACUUCGUGGGCAUCGACGGCGUGCGCGCCUUCCUGCACUCCUACUCGCACGACGUGUCUCUCACGGCCGACUCGCGCAAGAGCCACCUCCGCUUCUCGGCCGCCAGCUGCUGCGACACCCUGCCGGCCCGGCCGCCGCCCGACGAGCCCGCGCCGCUGCUCGGAGACCAGGAACCUGCCGGUGCCCAGCAGGCGGACCCCGCCCCUCUCCCGGUGAGUUCUUCUGACCAAAGUGUUUCUGCGAAGCUUCCGCUUCUGCUCUUCUGCUCUUUCCCCGCCGUACUUUGUUCUCUGUGUACGGAAGUUUGCUGACAAAGCUGGCAGAUAUUCGUGCAUUGACACUCUGUGGGCUGAUGAGAGGUGGAUGUAGGGUCCUUGCUCUGUCUUCCAGGUUGCUGGGGAGGCAUAUGUAGUGAGGCUGAUGGUGGCUGGAAGUUUGAGUGAGGCUUCGUGUUUUCACCAUGCACCAAGUCCUUUCUGUACCCUGACAUGUAACACCGGUGUUCCUUUCAGUUCUUGAUCUUCUCUACAGAUGUGUUGCCUUACUAGCAAAUUGUAGUUUGUGCUCUUUGCAGGUUCAGGUGUCUUCCCAACGGCACAUGCACUUGAUUUGGGUGAGGUUCUCUGGAUUGCAAUAUUGACUUUUCCGUAUGUAACUCUGCUGCUCAGAAUUUGUACUCUUUUAGUCUUCAUGUGUCUCAAUAAUACAUAAUGGAGGUCAGUAGGAAAUGUCUUUGCAUUCAUCCAUACUUUGCUCUCUGUGUUUCCUGUAGGGAAAUGGGCCGGGCAACAACUGGUGCCUUGAUGAUGUCUGUCUGCCUGUUAUGAAGAUGAAGGAUUGUGCUGAAAGCAGUGACUGCUCAAAAGGAGUUGUGGGUACUGCAUGUGGAGGAGGAAAUGCAGGAGGAAAUGACAGGGAUGUUUUGCUGAUUUCUUGUCUUUUGAGGUUGAGCCAUGUGAAAUGGGGCUAGAUGUGCUUUAGCUAUAAAAUACAUGUCUUGGCAACAGCCUUGCGUGAGUGUGAGGGGAGAGACUCAAGGUGCAGGGGGAGAUGUAAGGAGAGGGU